CCGCUCUUCUUCCCUCAUACCAUCCAGCUCUCGUAUAUCCAUCUGUCUGACCCUUCAAUCAUCACAGAAAAACCCAGAACUAUCGCAAUGCCCAACAACAACGGCUACAGCUACACCGGCCCUGGCACCAACAGCCAGGGCAACCACUACUGCUCGCGCGACUACGGCUCGGGAUCCGACUCGAAUGGCGCAGGCCGCGGAGACGCAUACCAUUACUCGAACAGCAACGGCUCCUACUACUACUCCAACUCCAAUGGCAGCACUUACUACAAUAAUGGAAGCGGGGACUCGACCUAUACUGAUCCUAGUGGGAAGAAAUGAUCGGUUCUCAUCACCCGUGCCUGAAUCAAGAUUUCGUGACACUUAGCUGUAUGGUAGGAAAAAGGACGACAUGCGAGGCGACUCAGAGAGUGUUUCUUAAUGAAUAGUCAAUGACAUCGGUGGUUGGGGUUAUUACUAGCACGGAAACCCCGGGUGUUUUAUCUUUAGAGAUUAAGCAUAUCAAGAUCUCCCAAGCUAAUUUGAAG